AUGGCCUCGAAUACAGUAGACAAACUCACAGUGAACGACCCCAGGGCCAGCAAGCAGUCCGCCGUAGUCAACGGUCGCCGCUGGUACUACCUCGACGCCAUCCCCAAGACCAAGCAGAAAGGCACCGUCGUCCUGAUUCAUGGCUUUCCUGACAUCUCCCACGCCUGGCGCUACCAAAUCCCGCUGUUCCUCUCCCUAGGCUUCCGCUGCAUCGCCCUCGACUGUAUGGGCUACAGCGACACGGGCAGUUCCUCGAACCUCGCCGACUUCAGCUUCAAAACCCACGCCGACGCCAUCGCCGGCAUCGCCAAAGCGAUCGGCGUGCACAAGGUCAUCAUCGGCGGUCACGACUGGGGAGGCUUCACAGUCUAUCGCGUAGCGCAAUGGUACCCGGACCUUGUCAGUCAUGUCUUCUCAGUGUGUACGGCGUAUGCGCCGCCGAUGGAGAAGUGUGUGAGUACUGAGGAGUUGAGUAAGACGACUCUGCCGCAAUUUGGGUAUCAGCUGCAGUUUGGGAGUGAGGAUGGGAAGGUGGAGAGGGUUGUGAAGGAUGAGGCGAGUAUCCGGAAGUUCUUGUUGGGAAUGUAUGGAGGGAAGACGCAGAGUAGGAGGUUGUUUAUGACGCCGGACAAUGGGAUCAAGUUGGACAUGAUUGAGAAUGAAGAGAUUGCUAUGACGCCGUUGUUGAGUGAGGAGGAACUCGAUUUCUACGUAAAAGAAUUCGCAAAGAACGGCCUAAGUGGCCCCUGCUCAUGGUACCGCACGCGGAAGAUCAACUGGGAAGACGAUCUGAAUCUUCCGAAAGACACCAAAAGGCAGAUCAAGCAACCAACCCUCUACAUCUUGGCGACAAAAGACAACAUCCUGACCCGAGAGAUGAGCAGAGGCAUGGAGAAAGCAAUCCCAAACUUGACUCGCGGAGAAGUACCAGCCGGUCACUGGGCGCUGUGGCAGACGCCCACGCAGGUGAAUGCGAUUCUCAAGGAUUGGAUCCAGGGUGUUGUGCUGGGUGGGAAGAGUAAGCUAUAG